AUGGCCGCAAAUCAAGCGCAAUAUGUGGAAGUCCCAGGCCAGCAAAAUAUGAGGAUUUUAGGCCUCGGUAAUCUUUGGCGAGCGCUCGGAGUACCAGGAGAGCCUAGGUUCGAUACCUUUGACUGCCAGUUCACAGCCAAUGGCCAUGUCUUAGUUAAGGCAUCGAUUUCGAUCAGUAUACCAACACCUGACAUCGUCCGGAUAGACCACUUGAGCACUGCGGAAGGUUCUCCGCUCCACCAAAACGACUUGGUCGAGCGGUUCUGUCAGCAACGCCAUAUGACCCUUGCACAAAUCCCAUACCUGGUUAUCACGAAUGUCAUCGAACCCACAACACGAGCAGUGUUCGAUCAGGUCUAUAGCUCGGUGACACCAGAACCUGGUCAAGCAGUAACGAUCAGGGCCACUGACCCCCAAUACAACACCUUGCUUCGUACACCUAUCGGCAACACCGUACGCUUUGGAAUCCAACAGGGUGCCAACGCCCUAACGUUGAUGCAUCUUGAUGCUAGAAACAUGGCCUUUUGGAUAACUAUGGAAUAUACGGCUCCACCUGCACCUGCACCUCUACCUGCACUUGCACCUCAUGCCUUUCCUCCAGCACCGAACGCAGGGCCAGCGCCAGCCGCACGGCGAUCCACCAGAACGUGUUGUGUUAUCAUGUGA